UGGGCGGAGGCCAGCAGGGUCACUGAUCGCCUCCUUCUCUCCCCUUCUCUAUUUCUGCCUACAAAUGUACUAUUUUCCAGCAGCGCCAUCCCGACCGAAAGACUCCAGAUUCACCGCACCGACACUUGCAGGCUUCUAUCCAAACUUUACACUUCCAGAAUUUUUUCAACUUUUUUUCUUCUGCAGCGUGCUUUUAACUUGGCAAUGCUUUUUUUUUAAAUCCGCUGUUUCGCUGAUCUCUUUUGUCUCUGCAGGGUUUUGUUUCCAUAAAGUUUAAUGGCGCCCAAACAGCUGAACCCCUUGGAGAAAAGCUCCGUUUUUGACCACGGUUUUGUGGAAGCACCGCCUCCUCUCCGCAGCUACCUCUGUCUGACCGUGCUGGCUUGUUUCUGUCCUGUACACCCCAUCAACAUCGUGGCCCUGGUCUACUGCAUCAUGUCCAGAAAGAGUUACUACCAAGGGGACUAUGACGGCUCCAGGCGCUUGGGCAGGAACGCUCUCUACGUCUCUGUGGCGUCUAUCAUCAUCGGCCUUCUCGUCAUCGCCAUCACCUGCACUGUUCAUUUCACCACGAUGGAUCACUAGCUCAGUAAAGGUGAUCAGCUGAUCAGGGUCAUCUCACCUGCUGACAGGAGUUGACCUGAGGUUGCACUCCGCUACGUCUGCAGCUGUUUUACAAAGAAGAACCUUUCAGCACUUGUUCUUAAAGAAGGGAAUUUUUUUUAUAUUUACUAUUGUUUUAUAUUCACCAUGGACUUUUGUCAUAUAACUACAUUUUGACUAUUAGAACCUAAACAGGACCUAACCUUUCUUUAUUCAAAUAAUAACUUAUUUUUGAUUCUACAUUACAAAAAUGAAGUAGUUUUAAGAUCUACCGGUAUAUUUGUUUUCCAGAUGUUUCACUGGGAAAUUGUUUCAUGAUAACAAAAGCGUACUCCUUUAAUAAACUUAGAAUAUUUAGUGUCAUGCAAAAGUCAGCAAUUAUCUUGCCAUAGAGGAAUUCUUCAAUAGGAAUAUUGUGAAAUGCCCAAACUUAUUUUUGCCAAACUUAUUAAAAAUAUUUCAAAAGCUUA